AUGAAUUGUCAAAAAUUCUGUUUGGUGGUAUUGCUUUGUGAGUGCAUUUAUGCAAUAACUGCAUUUAAUUUGUCAUAUCCGAGUAUUCCUUGGAGAUUGAAGAUGUCUUGCAUGGCUCCAAACACUACCUAUGACUUACCCUCGUCUCCUGAAGGAAUGUCAAAGAACACUUCAAGUUUAAAUGGAAAUGACAAACCAAUUGUUGAAGCCAAUGUUAAUUCCAGUGCUACCUACUUUUCUAAUUUAUCUCCCAAAACAAUUUCACAUUGCUGUUUUUGGAGUGAGCAAGAUAAAAACUGCUCUAUAAAUGCAGAUGGGAAAAUGUUUCAUUCAAGAGUAAAUUCUUUAAAUUUUCAACAAAUUGGUGCAAACUGGAACAUACAGUACUGGAUGAAAAGGGACUUGGAAUUAUUUAUCUGUUAUAUGGAGUCAUCACUUCAGAAUCCUUUCAAGACUAAUGACCUUAAGAUCCAUGCUUUAUAUGUUCUAUCGGAGGUGAUAGAAGAUUUAUCUCUACUCCUACAAAAAAGUAGUUUUACAACUGUUCAGUGCACCUGCAGUACUCAUCAAUGUUGUGAAUGUCAUAUACCUGUGUCAGCAUCCAACCUCAACUCUACGUAUCUUAUGCAUUUGGAAAUCACAGCUGGUGGAGUAAUUUUUCAGUCACCUCCAAUUUCAGUUCAGCCCAUAAAUAUUAUUAAGCCUGAUCCACCUUCAGAUGUGCAUAUGGAAAUCACAGACAGUGGUAACUUAAACAUUUCUUGGGCCAGCCCAAUAUCAGUGCCAUUUCAACUUAAAUAUCAAGUGAAAUAUUCAGAGAAUACUACAACAAAUGUGAAAGAAGCUACUGAGAUAGUAUUGACUACAUACUUGCAAGCAAACAGUGUGCUUCCUGGGGCCACAUAUGAGGGCCGGGUUCGGACUAUGAGACUGCAUGGCCCAGGAGUCUGGAGUAACUGGAGCAUCCCUUAUACCUUUACCAUACCAGACAUCAUAUACUUCCCACCUAAAAGUCUGAAAAGUGUUGGAUCUAAUGCUUCUUUUCAUUGCAUCUAUAAAAAGGAAAACAAGAUUGUUUCUUCUAAAGAGAUUUCUUGGUGGUUGAAUUUGGCUGGCAAAAUUCCUGAAAGACAGUACAACACUAUCAAUGAUCAUGUUAGUAAAGUUACUCUUUACAAUUUGAAUGCAACAAAACGUCAAGGAUGGUUCGACUUUGAUGCAUUGUACUGCUGUAGUAAUGGAACUUGCCCCCAUCGCCAUGCUGAGUUAUACGUGAUCGAUACCAACAUCAGUAUAUCAUGUGAAACUGAUGGGCGCUUAACUAAAAUGACUUGCAGAUGGUCAUCUGAUAUAAUCCAAUCACUUGCAGAAAGUUCUUUGCAGAUGAGGUAUCAUAGGGUCCCAGUCUCUUGUCCUGAAACCCCAACAAUUCAUCCCGUAUCUGAACACAAAGAUUGCCAUUUGCAGAGUGAUGGUUAUUAUAAAUGCGUAUUUAAACCAUUCUUUCUGUAUUCCGCCUAUAUAUUGUGGAUACACGUCAAUCACUCUUUAGGUUCACUUGACUCACCACCAAUAUGUGUUGUUCCUCAGACUGUGGUUAAACCCUAUCCUCCAUCCUGUGUGAAAGCAGAACUUACUCCACAUUUGGGAUCAUUAACAGUAUCUUGGAUAAGGCCAAUGUAUCCAGUGAAUAGACUUCAAGUACAGAUUCGCUACGGCUUAAAUAAAGAAGAAAUACAGUGGAAGGUGGUUCAGGUGAAUGAAACAGAAUCAAAGUCUAUCACUCUUGUGGUGUCAGACCUGUGUGCAAUCUAUGCUGUCCAGAUGCGCUGUAAGAGACAAGAUGGACUAGGAUAUUGGAGCGACUGGAGUCCUACUACCUAUACAGUUGUCACAGACAUAAAAGUUCCUACCAGAGGACCAGAAUUUUGGGGAAUAAUUAAUGAAGAUGCUUCUAAAACAGAGAGAAAUGUCACUUUACUUUGGAAGCCCUUGAUGAAACAAGAGUCACUGUGCAGUGUGAGAAGGUAUGUGGUGAAACAUCACACCUCCCGCAAUGGAACAUGGUCAGAAGAUAUGGGAAAUCAUACUAAAUUCACUUUCCUGUGGACAGAGCAAGCACAUACUGUCACAGUUCUCGCUAUCAACUCAAUUGGUGCUUCUUUCACAAAUUUUAAUAUAACAUUCUCAUGGCCUAUGAGCAAAGUAAAUAUCGUGCGGUCAUUCAUUGCUUAUCCUUUAAAUAACAGUUGUGUGAUUCUCUCUUGGAUGCUGUCACCCAGUGAUUACAAUCUAAUGUAUUUUAUUAUUGAAUGGAAAAGUCUUGAUGAGAACAGUGAAAUUAAAUGGAAUAGAGUCCUUCCAUCGGUUAAGAAAUAUUACGUAUAUGAUCAUUUCAUCCCCAUUGAGAGGUAUCAGUUCAGUCUUUAUCCAGUAUUUAUGGAAGGAGUAGGAAAACCAAAGAUAAUAAAUAGUUUCAUUAAAGAUUAUUUCGAAAAACGCCAGAAUGAUGCGGGUCUCUAUGUACUUGUGCCAAUAAUUAUUUCCUCUUCAGUUUUACUAUUUGGAAUUUUACUACUCUCACAACAAAGAAUGAAGAAGUUGUUUUGGGAAGAUGUUCCAAAUCCCAAGAAUUGUUCCUGGGCACAAGGACUUAAUUUUAAGAAGCCAGAAACAUUUGAGCGUCUUUUUAUCAAGCAUACAGAGUCAUUGCCAUUUGGUCCUCUUCUUUUGGAGCCUGAAACCAUUUCAGAAGAUAUCAGUGUUGAUACAUCAUGGGAAAAUAAAGAUGGGAUGGCAUCAACGUCUACGGUCUCUCUGCUUUUGACAAGGCCAGAUCUUGAGGAGGGUUCUGCUUGUGUUAGUGGCAAGUGUCAAAGCAUCCACUCCUCUGAGGAUGAAAGUGGCAGAAUAACCUGUGAGGAUGGGAGCUGGAGCCAGCCCUCUGUUAAAUAUGCUACACUCUUAAGCAACUUUAAUUCAAAUGAAACUGACGAAGAGCAAGAGCUUAUAAAUAGUUCUGUCAGCAAGUGCUUCCCUAGUAAAAAUUCUCUAUGGAAGGAUCUCUCUAGUAGUUCAUGGGAGAUGGCGACUCGGGCAUUUUUUGUAUUACCAGAGCAGCAUCCCAGUAUAAUUUCACCACACCUUACAUUCACAGAAGGAUUUGAUGAACUUUUGAAAAUAGAGGGCAAUUUCCCUGAAGAAAAUGAUGAUGAAAGGUCUGUGUAUUACUUAGGCGUCAAUACACUGAAAAGAAGAGAGAGUGAUGUGCUUUUGACUGAUGAGUCAAGAGUUUUGUGCUCGUUCCCAGCCCACAGUUUAUUCACUGAACUCAGGCUUCUUCAGGAGAGUUGCACACACCUCAACAUAGCAACCUCUCUUAAGAAGACAUUUGUUUCUUAUAUGCCUCAGUUCCAGACUUGCUCCACACAGUCUCAGAUUAUAAUAGAAAAUAAGAUGUGUGACCUGACUGCCUAA